AUGAACUCAGAAAUAGAAAGUAGCUUAACACUUUUAAAAAGUGUAGAGAAACUAGUUCAAGCAACAUCAGUAUAUAAGAAUGAAGACAACGAGGAAAUAUUCUUACAAUUGAAGCGUGAGAGGCAGGAGAACAGCAACCUGCAUGAAGAAACAGAAACCCUUUUUCACGAGUCUUUGGAUAGAUUAAUGAAGCUAUCUUCCAUUGCUGGAUCGAAAGUUCAGUACGAACUAAGCCUCAAUAAUUUGUAUAACUUGUUGUUAAGGACUCGCAAGCAGGAAGAAGAAGAAGCUUUCAUUUUUCCCACAGUAAGUACCGAAGAGUUUGCGUUGGAACAAAUAACCUUUGAAGUAAGCGACCAGAUGGAUGAUGAUAAAGAUAGCGAAGAUGAUAUUUUAAUAAAAGGGGAGGAAAUAAAAAAGUCAAAAAAGAAACGACAAAGACUAGACAAUUCUACUAAGGAAUUUCUUGAAAAAGUAUUCGAGAAGAACAAACAGCCUAAUCGAAGAGAAAGGGAAUUGAUAGCAGAAAAACACGGUGUUAGCCUUUCCCAAAUAAGAGUUUGGUUUACUAAUAAAAGAAUGAGAAAGAAGGAACCCAAACUGAAAGCAAAAUCAAGUUCAAAUUCAACCUAG